GAUUUGACGCAUUAACGUAUGGGCUGUCAGUGCGAGUCGGGGGGGGAGGUAAACAAGAUGGCGACAACCUGAGUAGCAAGAGUAACACGAAGAGUCAGAAAAUUUAACUGAUAUACCGAUAGACCCAAGUGAAGCAUUUGUUUCAGUCAGGACGGACACUCAAGGACGGAAUUAAACCUGCAACGGGAACAAGAUUCAUGAGGAUAUAGGCACCGGGCACUUGGAACCGUGGUGGCAUGGAGGACACCUGAGGACGGUUGGACACAUUGGAUGGCUCCGUCGACCUCCAGGAGCCGGCUGAUACCAGAGAUUGGGCUGAUACUGCUGCAUGCGUUUGGCUGUAGAUCUGUGCUUGGAUCCAGUCCAGCUGUACGCUCUCAUUUAUCUUGAGGAAACCUAUGCCAUGAAGCAUGGACCUCUGACAGAAAUGCUGUGCUGCAUGGCCUUGAAGCGGGACUCCUUGCCUCUACCUAAGGCUGAAUGGUAUUAAAUUUAUAUAGAGGUGAUUAAGAGUUAAGCAGACAAGAAUAACACUUUAGAAUUUUUUCCCCCUAAUUUGCAUUCAACUGCACUUGUCACAGAUGUAGUACAAAAUGCACAGUAUAAAGCACUAACUUGGCACUGGACCCAACAGGUUCUUCACCUCUGUUCGCACCUCUUCAGUGAAAAGAGCCCUAAUGUUUACAAAUUGGGAUUGAUCCCCCACCUCCUCCCUCAGCUCUCAGGCCAGAUUAUUCCCUCACCCAUGUUCAGUAUUUUGUAAUUCAUCUGUAUUCCAUCUUGUGGAAUUAAAACACUCAGCUCAGUGCUGAAAGGUUACCAGUGGAUUACUUUCCAGCAGCAAUCAUAGCUAUUUGCAAACAUUUUUGCACAGGAGGCUUAAGUUGUCACUGCUGAACUAUCAGUCAUGAGUACCGGCGAGUUGCAUCAUCUUGACUAUCUAAAUGAAAAUGAACUGAUGGAGAUGGAUACGUUCAUUCACCGCAUUGACUCCACAGAGGUGAUCUACCAGCCACGGAGGAAGAGGGCAAAGCUGAUAGGAAAGUACUUGAUGGGGGAUCUGCUAGGGGAGGGGUCUUAUGGCAAAGUGAAAGAGAUGCUGGACUCAGAGACACUGUGUCGCAGGGCUGUGAAAAUACUGAAGAAGAAGAAGCUGAGGAGGAUUCCCAAUGGAGAAGCCAAUGUGAAAAAGGAGAUUCAGCUGCUAAGAAGACUGCAACACAAGAAUGUGAUUCAGUUGGUGGAUGUGCUCUACAAUGAAGAGAAGCAGAAAAUGUAUAUGGUGAUGGAGUAUUGCGUUUGUGGGAUGCAAGAAAUGCUGGACAGCGUCCCAGAAAAAAGGUUUCCAGUAUUUCAAGCUCACGGGUACUUUUGCCAACUCUUAGAUGGCCUUGAAUAUUUGCACAGCCAGGGAAUAGUUCACAAAGACAUUAAACCAGGGAAUCUGCUGCUGACCACAGACGGGGCACUAAAAAUCUCUGACCUGGGAGUAGCAGAGGCCCUUCACCCAUUUGCAGAGGAUGACACAUGUCGCACCAGUCAAGGCUCUCCGGCCUUCCAGCCUCCAGAGAUUGCCAAUGGACUGGACACCUUUUCAGGGUUUAAAGUGGACAUUUGGUCUGCUGGAGUAACACUAUACAACAUUACAACAAGCCUGUAUCCGUUUGAGGGGGACAACAUCUAUAAGCUAUUUGAGAACAUUGGAAAAGGAGACUACACUAUUCCUGAGGAGUGUGGACCCCUCCUGUCCGACCUGCUGCGAGGAAUGCUUGAGUACGACCCUGCGAAGAGGUUUUCCAUACAGAACAUAAGGCAACACAACUGGGUGCGUAAGAAACACCCUCCGUCUGAGCCCCCUGUGCCCAUCCCUGCCAGUGCAGAGAGCAGGGAUCCUUGGCGGAGUAUGACAGUGGUGCCCUACCUGGAGGAUCUGCACGGCUACACAGAGGAGGAUGAUGACGAGCUCUACGAUGGAGAGGAUGAGAUCAUAUACACUCAGGACUUUACAGUGCCAGGACAAGUGGCCGAAGAGGAUCGGGAUCAGGGGCACGCGGACCACAGUCCAGCUCUAGCCAAGCCAGUUUGUGUGAACGGGACAGAGGGGGGGUCUCUGAACAGCAAGGCCAAAGCUGAACGCAGAUCCUCCUCUUCAUCCAACCCCUCACGUAAAGGAGUCUCCACAGCCAGCAAGAUCCGCAAGCUCUCCACCUGCAAACAGCAAUGACCCCCUCCCCUCCUCCCUCGGCAACCACCCACCUGGUUGAUCUGUCCCCGUCCUUCUGUGUCUGGACUCCUCACAGUUGUGAGAGAAACCUGCUGACGUUAAUGCCCCCAUACCUCCUUGGACCACUGGCCUGCAGAGUCUUUUGAAGAUGCGGUAUGAGUGACGGGGAGGAGGAGGACAGCAUGAAAUGUUCUUUUUGCUCUGAGACUGAGGCACUGGCUGUGAAGAUGGUGUUUUUUUUUCCUCCCAUAUUUUGGCUCCUUUAAACUCUUGUCAUCCAGUUCUGUCAUCUCCCUUCUCCAUCCUGUCGUCCUCUUAGGAGGGCCAAAUGUUGCACCGGACGUUACAAACACCAUCACCCCUGUACCCCACUCAUCCACCCCACUCUUCCCCACCUUCUGUUUCUUUGACUACCUUUGUUUUUACAGAACCCUAAUGGCAGUUUUUAAAACACAUUGUGAUGUGUAAAAAAUUAAAGAGGAAAAAAAAAAGAUAACAAAAGUUAUGAAUAAUUCUAUAUUUAAAUCUAUAAUGAGAAUAAUUAUGAUAGUACUCUACUACC